CAUAUAACCAGGGGAGCUGUCCGAGUGCUGAAAACAGAAGAGAACAGCACCGCUACUGAGGAGAUGUCAUACACCCUUACUGCUGUCUGAGCUUUACUGCCAAAGGUAAUAAUUUGCCUAUAAUGCUGCAUUUUCACCACAAGUUGCCCGCGGGGGGAGCCGUGGUCCUGCUCGCCUUCCUCCUUCAUGGAUGCGCCGUGCAGGCUGCGUCUCUCCCCCGUCACUACAGGCUCCGAGGAGAGAGUGAGGGGCAGCCGGCUGCGUAUCCACCCAGCGCCGACAUGAUGAAAGCCCUGGAGUACAUUGAAAACCUGAAGCAGCAACGAAACGGGGGCCAGCCUGAACCCGUGGAUUACGACGAAGUGGAGAAGUUCAGGGUCCUGCUUCAGCUCGCCUCGCAGCAGGACGAAGGUCCCGGGGAUCACCAGCCUUCCCAGGGCAUGCAGAGGCAGGACAUUACCGCUGAGCAGCUGAUGAAAGCUCUGCUCAGGUCCCUCCAGGAUCAGACCGGGAAAGACGCAAAGCUUAGCCCCCCAACGCCGCCGAGAAAUGACCGCCGAGCUCACAGGCACCGCACCAAAGAUACUGAAAUGCCUGAGGGCGCACCAGUAGAUUACGGUAACUUCCCCAGACCCCACAAGAAGUACCCACUGAUGUUUGAGGACGAGGAAAAUACUGACGCUUCCAAGCGGGCCACCGAGGACCUGGAUGAGCAGUACACACCCCAGAGCCUCGCCAAUUUGCGGUCCAUCUUUGAUGAGCUCGGGAGGAUGCCCACAAUCGGUGGGCAGAAGAGAGACGGGGACGACGGGGAGGAAGAAGAGGACCGACUCAGCCUGAGAAACCAGGCCUAUGAGGAUGUGGCCGGAGGCGAGGAGUGGGUCCCCAUGGAGGAGAGGGAAGAGGCGGAGGAGAUGGUCAACGGGAGCCAUGAAGAAAUGGACAGGGCGCUCAGUGACCAGGAGGAAUCAGAGAGGGAGGAGAUGCAACGCCGGGCCAGCCAGAACCAAGAGGAGGCUGAUGAUGACACUAAGCUCGUAGAUUACUACCUGCUGAAAGUCCUGGAGAUGAGUGACCAGACGCAGAAGAGGGAUAGGACCGGUGAGCAGAAAAAGAGACUGAUCCGUCCCUCUAUCGUGGAUCCUCGGACCGUGAAGGAGUUGCUGGAGCUUUCCCUGAAGCUGCACGUCCCUCCACAAGACCUUAUCGAUAUGCUGCUCACCGAGGAGCUCCGAAAGCUCCACCGCGAUCCACAAGCCGCGGCUCGUUACACGAAUGCUGGCCAAACCCCCAAGAUAAGGUACUUCAGCCGCAGACUGCCGCUGAAAAGCAAGACUAUCCCUGAUGAUAUGGACAGAGAGGACUUUUUAGACAUCAUCGGGGUAGAGACAAUCAGUAACGAGUACCCCGUGGUGCAGAGACCCAUGAAGACCUCUCAGCCCUCAGACAGAAUGCCUGCUGCGUCCAACCCUGCUGCAAAUUCAGGUCCAGUUAAAAUCCCCCCUCCCUCCGGACGUAGGGAGAACCUGUUUCUCUCCGAGCUCAACAAAAUGCCCCUGAAGCGUGAGGCUGACAGUGACGACGACGACGGCGGUGACGUGGAAGACGAGGUGACAACAUACCUGGCGGCAAAAAUUCUCACAGAGUACCCCAACACCAUCACCAAGCGGGACACCCAGGCGCAGCUGAAGGCGCAGUUCCCGUACGAGCUGUACGAGCGCGCAAUGGACUACUUGGGGCAAGUGGACAAUGAGAAAAGGCCACUGGUCAAGAGGGAAACCGAGGAGGCCACAGAGGAGAACGUAAAGCCCACAGAAAUGCAGGGGAAAGAAAAGAUAACGGCUAAAACCUCGGCCCCUCAAACCGUAAACGAAGAGGAGGAGCACCGUGAAAAAACAGUGGCCGGGAUGUAGCCAGAUGUCCUGCCAGACGCACGAAAUUAUGAAUUUAAUAUAUAUACUGUCUGAAAAAUAAAGUUUGGUGGACGUGAUCUAGUUUACAAAUUUCUAUUAUAUGAACUAUAGCCGGUAUGACUAAUAUCUCCCUAACGAAAAUGAACUACAGCACUCUUACAAAUCAAAUAAUAAAAAAAAUAGUCCCUACUUGCUGCAAGAACCUUAUAUUAUUAUUAAUAUAUAGUUAUACAAGAGAUUUUAGGUUCCUCCCUUAGGUUGCGAACCUCUUGCGAAUCUCAAAUUGCCAGUUAAUAAAGAAAAAGAAAAAAAAGAAUUAACAACCAAACCCAAGUUAUUAAAGAUUUGUGAUGUUGUUGAAGGUUUGUUUACAUUAAAUGUGUUUGUAAACAGCACUAUAUUUUCAACUGUAAUCAAAUGAGUAACGGUAAAGAUGCUUAUUUUUCAUCCAUGUCAAAACUAUUCAAUUACAUAUGUGAAUAUUCAUGUAAAUUAUUCAGUAUGAUGCUGACCGGGAAUUUAAAAACACAAGUACACGGCGUAUUUGGAGUACUAUUGGAAUAUUAUAGGAAUUUUUCAUUAGGGCAGUGUGCUGGCCUCAGAGCGAGUGUUGUUGUGACUCGUGAUAUAUUCAGGGUUAGUGGAUUUAAUGUUGUUAUUACAGAUAAUUAUUUCCAAGUCUCAAUAUCAGAACGUCGCCUGCCUUCCAGCCCCUUUCAUACUGCGAAGCUCUGUAUUGUUGGCCUAACAGUGAUUGUGCUAUGUAUGCUCAUUUUUAAACCAUUUUUGUACAUGUUCAACAAUGUGUGAUCAAUCACAGAUGAAUAAAGCAUCAGCGGUAUUAUUUUUCUUCUUUCUGAGUUGUGUUGCCUUAUUAAACAAAUAUAAAUGUUGCAUAUAAAAGGAA